AUGCUUACAACUGCAUCAGGAUCAACUCGAACACCCUGGACGCGACUUCAACUCGAGAAAGGGGAUUUCGACGUGUCUGCAAAUACGACGUCGUUCUCGACGAGGAGAGGUUCUGUGAACAAAGAGAUAUUAGUGCUUCCCAAUUCGAGGUUGAGGGUUGUGCUGGAAGCGAUGAGAAUAGCUCUGGAGGUUGUAUACAAGCCGCACUUCUCGAAGAUCUCGCACGGNUGCCGGAGCGGGAGGGGCNGUGCCGCUGCGUUGAAGUACGUGUGCAAGGGUGUUUUGAAUCCUGAUUGGUGGUUCACAGUGCUUGUGGUUAAGAAAUUGGAUGUUGCUGUUUUGGAAAAGCUGAUUUCCAUAAUGGAGGAGAAGAUAGAAGAUCCUAUUUUAUAUGGUUUCAUUCGAACCAUGUUUGAUGCUGGAGUGUUAAAUCUAGAGUUUGGGGGUUUUCCUAAGGGACAUGGUCUCCCACAAGAAGGGGUUUUGUCCCCUAUUCUGAUGAAUAUUUACCUUGACCUUUUUGACAGUGAAUUUUGCAGGCUGUCGAUGAAAUACGAAGGCAUAUGCGGUGGAGGGCUAAAUGAGCGAGAAAGUUCUGGCUCCGUGUUGCGCGAUUGGUUUAGGAGACAGUUGAAUGGAGAUGAUGUNAGGAAGGGUUCUGGUGUCAAAGUUUACUCUUGUCGCUAUAUGGAUGAGAUGUUUUUUGCAGUUUCUGGUUCAAGGGAUGCUACUGUUAAUUUUUUGUCUGAGGUCCANAGUUAUUUGAGCAGUUCUUUGCUGUUGGAUGUGGGUGAUCAAACUGAUGUAUUGUCCUGUGAUGGGUCUCAUGGUAUCCGCUUUUUGGGAACUUUGGUGAGAAGAACAAUUAGGGAGAGUUCUGCUGUAAAAGUUGUUCACAAGUUGAAAGAAAAAGUGGAGCUAUUCACUCUGCAAAAGGUGGAGGAGUGGAAUUAUGGGACACUUAGAAUUGGGAAGAAAUGGUUGGGUCAUGGUUUGAAGAAAGUUAAGGAAUCAGAAAUCAAGCAUUUAGCAGAUAGUAGCUCCCUCCUGAACAGGGUUUCCUAUUUCCGUAAGUCUGGAAUGAAAACUGACCAUUGGUAUAAGCACUUAUUGAAGAUAUGGAUGCAAGAUGUUCAGGCAAAAAAUGUCAAUAGUGAGGAAAUUAUCUUAUCUACUUUUGUUGCAGAGCCGGCUCUUCCUCAUGAACUAAAAGAUUCCUUUUAUGAAUUUACAAAGCAGGCAGAGCGGUAUAUAUCUGCUGAGGCAGAUUCUAUUCAUAAGCUUUUGCCAGAUAAUAACAGCUCAACUGAGCAUCCUGUGGAAAACUAGACUGUUGCUCCUAUCAAUGCCAUAAAGAUGCGUCUACUGAGAUAUGGAUUGACAACAAGUAAAGGGUACCCCCGGUCUGUUAAUCUGCUUAUCAUGCUAGAUACAACUGACAUUAUUGACUGGUUUUCAGGGAUUUCUUGCCGCUGGCUGAAAUGGUAUGAAAAUUGUGUUAACUUCGAUGAGAUAAAGCUCUUGAUUACAUAUCACGUUAGGAAAUCAUGCAUUCGUACUUUAGCAGCAAAGUACCGGGUACAUGAAAUUGAGAUAGAAAAACGGUUGGGUGAAGAACUUAUCAGGAUUCCAUCAACACAGGAAAUAGAGAUGGAGAUGACAAAUGAAGCAUUGGACGUUCAAGCUUUUGAUAACGAUGAGGCAUUAAUGUAUGGAAUUGCGUCUAGUGGUGUGUGUUUGUUGUCUCUAGCGAGAAUUGUUACCCAGGCAAGACCAUGUAAUUGCUUUGUAACAGGGUGCUCAUCUUCAGCACCUAGAGUCUAUACUCUACACGUCAUGGAACGGCAGAAGUCUCCUAGCUGGAAGACUGGAUUUUCAACUUGCAUUCAUCCAAGCUUAAAUAAACGGCGAUUAGGGUUGUGUAAGCAGCAUUUGAGGGAUUUGUAUCUUGGGCAUAUAUCACUUCAGUCUAUUGAUUUCANUGCAUGGAANUCAUAAAUUAUAUUUGUAGAUUUCUCAAGUUGUUUGGAUUUAACUNGCUUAUUACUNCAUAUCAUUGAUGAUGAAAGUACUANUGAAAUCGAGGUAUGAGAUGGUAUCCGAUACUUUCUCCUUACCAGCAGAUUUUCUCAAAGCACAAAG